AUGGCCUUCCCAGGAGCCGAAGCCACAGCAAACAAGAAAACCAAACGAAGAGCCCGAACGCGAGCCAGGGCAAAAGCAAGAGCAAGAGCAAGAGCAAGAGCCGCAGCCGCAGCCGCAGCCCAGGCUCAGGCUCAGGCCCAAACCGAACCACCACCACAGACCCCAGAAGAAGGAAAAGACAAAGGCGAAGACAGCAAAGAAGAGGAUUCCUUCGACCCCCAAACAGGAGCCAGAUUAACAGAAGAACACAAGCCCCUAACCCGCGAACUGCGCCACGUAGCCCGCGCCUCCAUGCCACCCGAGUUCGCGGACGCCAAGAAGAUCGUCCGGGAACAUAUGCAGCUGUUCCUUGGAGAGAUUCAGCGCAUGGUCAAGUUGGCGCGGCUGAUGCUUUGGCUUGUUUUGUUUGUGUUGCUUGGGACGGUUUAUUUAUACAAGGGUUGCUCAUUUUUGGUCUGCUGUUUUGCUUGUGUGCUGAGUUCUUCUGGGGUUUAUUGA